GCGCGGAGCCCCAGCGAGAGGCGCAGUCACCCCGGGUUCGUGAACAUGCUGAAGGCCGUGAUCCUCAUUGGGGGGCCGCAGAAAGGGACUCGCUUCCGGCCCUUGUCCUUCGAAGUCCCGAAGCCGCUGUUCCCGGUGGCUGGGGUGCCCAUGAUCCAGCACCACAUUGAGGCCUGCACCAAGGUUCCAAGCAUGAAGGAGAUUCUCCUUGUGGGCUUCUACCAGCCCAACGAAGCCCUGAGCCGCUUCCUGGUCUCUGCACAGCAGGAGUUUAAAAUCCCAAUCAGGUACCUGCAGGAGUACGCGGCGCUGGGCACGGGAGGCGGCAUCUACAACUUCCGGGACCAGAUCCUGUCGGGCAGCCCCGAGGCCUUCUUCGUCCUCAACGCGAACGUGUGCUCGGAGUUCCCCCUGCCAGAGAUGCUGGCCUUCCAGCAGCAGUGUAGAGACCCGCACAGCUUCGUCAUUCUGGGCAACACGGCCAACAGGAAGCAGUCCCUGAACUACGGCUGCAUUGUGGCCAACACGGAGACGUGCGAGGUCCUGCACUACGUGGAGAAACCCAGCACCUUUGUCAGCGAGAUCAUCAACUGCGGCAUCUACCUGUUCAUGCCCGCCAUCUUCCAGCACAUCGGUGAGGUCUUCCAGAGGACCCAGCAGGAGCUGCUCCUGGAGGAUGGCACCAACGGCUGGCAGCGCGCCGAGGUGAUCCGGCUGGAGCAGGACGUCUUCACGGCACUAGCCGGGCGCGGCAAGCUCUACGUCUACAAAACCGACAGCUUCUGGAGCCAGAUCAAAUCGGCUGGCUCUGCCAUCUACGCCAGCCGCCUCUACCUGAGCCAAUACAGCCAGUGCCACCCGGAGAGACUGGCCCGGAACAGCCCCGAGGGGCCCACCAUCCGAGGGAACGUGUAUAUCCACCCGACGGCGUCCAUCGACCGCAGUGCCGUGCUGGGCCCCAAUGUCUCCAUUGGGAAGGGGGUGACGGUGGGAGCCGGCGUGCAUGUGCGCGAGUCCAUCAUCCUGCAUGGGGCAUCGCUGCAGGAUCACACCUGUGUGCUCAACAGCAUUGUGGGCUGGGACAGCACCAUCGGGCGCUGGGCCCGGGUCGAGGGGACGCCCAGUGACCCGAACCCCAAUGACCCCUAUGCCAAAAUCGACAGUGAGACCCUCUUCAGGGACGGCAGGCUCACGCCCUCCAUCACCAUCCUGGGCUGUAACGUCACCAUCCCCGCAGAGGUCGUGAUCCUCAACUCCAUCGUCCUGCCCCACAAGGAACUGAGCCGCAGCUUCAAGAACCAGAUCAUCCUGUGAGGGGCCAGCCGGGAGCUGGGAACCGACUGGGCCUCCCGGGCAGCCCCGGCUGCAGCGUAGGUGCCCGAGCCCAGCCUGUGCAUGGCUCAGUUCCCCCUGCU